ACAUUUUAUUUUCCCUGAUUUGGGGAGGGUGCUUAUUCCAGUUCAGUAUUUAUACCUACCCAGUUACACCAAACCUCUGCCAGAUUGUCAAAGUUGCUGCAGAGUUGUAGUCAUUCCCCCCUGUUCUCGCCUGCCUUUACCUGCUUCUUCCAUCACAACAUUUAUGUAGACCUGCAGCCUGCCUUGCCCUUAUGGACUUGUUGCCCGAGCGGACUGAUCCAAGCUCCCAACCUUUAAGCCUCUCCUUAACCAAGUUCCUUUACUUAACUUACAGGAAUCCUUAACAACGGGCUUUUGUUUUUCCUUUGUGAAACUCCCUGCUCAUUCACAGCCAGCUCACAGGUAGUUUUCCACCUGUCUUUGAACGUGGCAUCAUACUGUAAAAGCCCAGUUGAUCCAUUUGGCUCCAAUGAUUUCUCCUUUGCCAUCUGAAGAGGCCCUCUCCCUUCAUGCCCAUAAACAAGUUCAAAUGGGCUGAAACCAGUUGAUUCAUUGACAAAAUCCUGGAAGAACAUCAUGGCUACAUCCCAGUCUCCUGGGCAGUACACAGUGUCGGCUUUAAUCAGGGCCUUGAGAGUCUGAUGGUAGUUCUCAGUGACACCUUGAGACUGAGGUGCAGGUUUACAACCCUCUAGAAGGUUGUAAACCUGCACAUGAACUUAGACCCUGCCAACACACCGCAUAUCAUAUUAAAUCACAGAAGGUACAUUUAUCUGUCUGCUACCUGUAUAUUUUGUAGCAUAGCAGGGUAGCAGUGGAGCAACACCUCUUGUACAGUGGAACAUGUGGCCCAGGUAAAUCAGUAACCCAAACACAGUCAUGUUUUACUGACUACAUAUGCUCCACCUCUUUACAGCUCAUUAGACUUCCUAGAAAAAGUAGCCGAUUUGCAUUUCCUUUUUGGUGCAGCCUUUGCUCUGUGCAAAUACUCCGUCCAACACGAUUUUGAUUGCUAGCCAGUCAACCUACAGUAACAUGACAGGCAAAAUGAAUUUGGAGGAGUACUUCAAAAGGAUUGGGUUCCAUGGCUCAUAUGAUAAACCUGAUCUUGCGACACUGCAGUUGAUCCACAAACAGCAUGUCAUGUCAAUUCCAUUUGAAAACCUCAGUGUUCACUGUGGUGAGAGAAACGUCAUGGACCUUGAGGCCAUUUUCAAUAAGGUAGUUAGGAACAACCGUGGGGGCUGGUGCCUUGAGAACAACUUCCUGUUCAGCUGGGUGCUGAGAGAAAUGGGCUACGACACCACCACAUUGGGCGCCAGAGUCUUCAACAGUAUCAUCAAAAACUUUGGCCCCCGUGAAAAUCAUCUCAUCAACAAGGUGGUCAUUGAUGGAGAGGCUUACAUAGCAGAUGUAAGCUUUGGGGUGUCUUCUCAAAUAUUGGAGCCCCUGGAGCUCAUCUCUGGAAAGGACCAACCUCAGGCAGCAGGUGUCUUUCGUCUGAUAGACAAGGAGGGUGUCUGGGUGCUGGAGAAGACUGGUAGAAAGCCAAAGGUUCUCAAUCCAGACUUUGCCUCGUCAAGUCUGGUGAACAAGAAGGAGAUAACUACAAUCUACUGCUUCACCUUGAUGCCCCGAGAAGCAAAAGACUUCUUUGAGAUAAACGACACACUUCAAACAGAUCCUAGUUCACUGUUUACCUGUAAGUCCAUCUGCUCUUUGGAAACAUCUACAGGAUUCAGAGCCCUUGUUGGCUGGACCUACAGUGAGGUCACCUUCAAACCCGAGGAAGGUGUUGAUCUCUUAGACAUGAGGAAAAUAACAGAUGAUGAGAUAGAGCAAAUUCUGAGGGAAAAGUUCAGUGUAAAACUGCAGAACAAACUGCAGCCUGCAAAUAAAAAAGCAGACUACUCACUCUGAAAAACAACACACAUUCUGUUUUUUAAUUGUUGUGGAAUGUGCUGAUUUUUUUGAAUGACCAGGUAGGGCAACUUGUUGAAGAAAUGCCUAUUUAAUUAAUGCCAAUAAUAAUGCUUUCAAUCAAAUUGUAAAAUGUAAAUGAUGCAAUUGUAUUAGAACUGAAAGAAGUAAAAAUAGAGAGUAAACAAGUUGACCCGUAUGAUGGGAUCAACCUGUGUUGAUUUCAUUUCAUUAACUAUGCUUUGAACUUUUUGCGCCAUUAACAAUGCCAUUGUGUAACGACUGAAAGUGAAAAUAAACACUUCGCAGAUCCAGAGUUGUGUGGUAAGUAAGCAAGUACAUUUAAAGCAGGUACCCAAGCAUGCCUCAUAAUAUAAAUAUUUGCAGAAAAGUAAAGAAAACUAGGAUGUAGAGGUCUGAAAUAAAGCAUUAUGGACAGAUGAAACCAAUAUGAAUCUGUACCUAAAAUGAUGGAAAGAUGAAAAUGUGGAAAGAAAAAGGAGCUAAUUCAUUCUUUUCUAAAUAUCAUCAUAAAAAUGUAAUUCAUGUAGUAUGGUCCUGAAUAAAUAAAAUGAUACUCAAGCUGUCUAGACUAUUUCCUAUACUGAAUAUAUCCAUAAUAAUUCAGCUUUGAGAAUUAUGGAGAGGGGUGUACUUUUUUUUUUCUUUUCUUUAUUGAGAACAAUAAAGAACAAGGUACAUUCUGGUGAACAAAAUGUCAGUGGGCACC